AUGAAAAUUUUUUUAACCAGUAUUGUAGAAAAUGCUUUUAAACGAAAAGAUGAAAAAAAAAUUAAACAACUGUUUCAUUUCAUCACUCAUACAAAGAAAAAAUGUAAUAUUCAAAUAAACGAGGAAGAUAUUGUAUAUGUCAUUUCAAAAUAUGGAAUAUAUAUAAACCUUUUAGAGAAUUAUUAUUUAACAAGAAAAAUCUCAAAUGACAAUAUUUAUGAUUCAAUAUACUUUUAUAAUAAAUGUAAAGAUGAAAAUUUUAUAAAAUUAAAGAAUAAAAAAACGAACCAAUUCAUAAAUAUUAAUAUAAAUCAUAAAGAUAACAUAUACCAUAAAAAUCAAACCUUAUAUAAUCAUUAUUAUUAUGUAAAACAAAAAAAAGAAAAAAUAUUAAUAGACCCAUAUCAUAAUUACCACCUUAUAAAAAAAUUUCUUUAUUACAGUAAAUUGUAUUUUAACUCUUUUUUUCACAUAUAUUUUAAAUGUUUACUCAAAGAAACACAAUGUAAUAAAAGAAAUAUUAAAAAUGAUAUAUACCUAUUUCACUCAUUAUGCUUGUUAAAUUAUAAAGAACAAAAACAAAUAACCAAAUAUAUUUUUCAAACAAUAAUUACAAAUAUUAUAAAAACAAAUCAAUAUUAUUUAAAUCAUAAAAGAGACAACAAACAAAAUAUAAAUAAUACAAACCAUUUAUUUAAUAAUGCAUAUCCAUUAUGUAGUAAUACUAUAGUAGAACUUGUGACAGUCAUAAAUAAACACAUUGAUAAAAUAAAAAUCUGGGGAAUUCAUAUUAUACAACUAUUAUGUCUCCAUUUGUUCAAUUAUAUUUUUCAUUCUACCUUUUUUAUAAUAAAUUGGAAAAAUGGGAAAAUGGAAAGAGAAACAAAUGUUCAGGUGAAAAGUGAUCAAUUAAAAAAUGUUCAGGUGAAAAAUGAUCAAUUAAAAAAUGUUCAGGUGAAAAGCGAUGAAUUAAAAAUUUGUCAGGUAAAAAAUGAUAAAUUAAAAAAUGUUCAGGUAAAAAAUGAUCAAUUAAAAAAUGUUCAGGUAAAAAAUGAUAAAUUAAAAAAUUGUCAGGUAAAAAAUGAUCAAUUAAAAAAUGAUGAAUUAAAAAUUUGUCAGGUAAAAAAUGAUAAAUUAAAAAAUUUUUCGGUGAAAUCCUUUCAUGGUGUAGAAGAAAAUUCCCAUGUACAUAAUUACACACCUUAUGAUUCAUGCUUCCUUGGAAAUCUCUCAAAUGUGGAGAUACAAAUCAACAAGGAUGAAGAAACAAAAGAAAUAAAUAUAAAUGAACUGGAAGUUUUUUAUAAUUCCAUAUUUAUGGAUAUGUCCAAUUUUGUAAGUAUUGUUUAUUUUUUGAAAAAGUAUUAUAAUAAUUCUUUUUUUGAGAGAUAUAAGAAAUGGAUAGAUCCAAUUGGAGGAGACCAUUUAAUGAGUCUUAUAGAUAAAAAAAUUGUUUAUAUAUAUUCACAUAUAUAUGUGUGUAAUUAUCCUUUAUCAUAUUUAAAAAGGUGUAUAAAAUGGAAAUGUUUAAAAGAUAAAGUAAAGGAAAACGUAAAAAUAGAAGAUAAUUUAGAAAAACAUUUAAAUUUUACAAAUUAUAAUAAUAUAGAAAAUUAUUUAAAUAAAAAGAAUAAUUUUUUAUUUUUACAGAAAAAAGAAAUAUUAUAUUGUUUUAAUAAAAUAUAUUCAGAUAUAACUUAUUCAUUAUAUUCAAAUACACAUUUGUUAAUGCUAAAAAUUUAUUUUUCCCAGUUUGAUAAAUUAUUAAAAGAUACAUCCGAAAAAAAAAAUUUUGUACUUUUUCAAUACAACAUGAUGAUUAUUAUAAAAUUUGUAAAUUUUUUAUCCACAACUUUUUUACGUCAAAAUGAUGAUAUGUUUUACCAUUUUAAUAAAAUAAUUUAUUAUCAUAUUUCUUAUUGUAAAUCAUUACUUUAUUUAAAAGAACAAAAUGAUAAAUCUAAUCAUAUUAAUGAUAUGAUGUGUGUGUACUAUCAAUUCUUUGAGUUCUUAUUAAAAUAUUACAUAACUUUUUUAUGUACCAACAAUUUAACUUUUCUUUUGUCUUUUUUUUCUGACUUGUUCAGGCAAAAGGGAAAUAAAAUGAAAGAAUUAAAAUUGGCUGUUUUGAUAAAUGAAGAGAUAAUAAAUAGGAUGAAGAGUAGUUCAUUUUAUAUGUAUUCUGACGAAUGGGAUUAUGAAAAUGUGUCAAUUGUGGAUCCUAUUUGUGAUAAUAACUUAAAUAAUGACAAAUUAUAUAUGAAUAAUAUACAACCACAUAAUAACUACACACAGUCGAAAUCAUUUGAUAUGAGUUUAUUAAAUGAUCGUCUUAAAAAUAUAAUUGUAAAUAAGAGGCAUGUGUAUAACAUAUGUAAUUCAUAUAUACAAUUAGAAUAUUACGAUGAAAGGUUUAUAAGUUUAGUUUCAGAAUAUACUCAAUUAUAUCUUUCGAAAUUAAAUAAUAAAGACAUAACAGCAGUAGUAUAUUUUUUUUAUAAGAUGAAAUAUAAAAAUAUAGAAAUAGCUGGAAAUAUUAUGACUCAUAUCGAAAGGAACCUUAUACAAUAUAAUAUGAAUGAAAUAUAUAUAAUAUUAAAAUGUUAUUUUGAAUUAUACAAUUUUUUAAAAAAAAAGAACUUGAAUAUAUUAAGUUAUGUUUUUUUUUACAUUUAUUCGUGUUAUUAUAUAGAUAAGUUUAUAUUAUUAGAUGAGCAAUAUUUGUUAUGUCAUACAGGCAAGGAAAAAAUAAAAAAAAAAGAGAAGAACAAAAAAGAAGAUAUAUUAAAAAGAAGUAAUUUUUUACAACACCAUAAUAUGGACAUAUCAUUUUAUAUAAAAGAGUUGAAAAUUUUAUUUUCUUCUUUAAAUUACAAGAUAAACAUAUUAUAUAAUGAAGAAAAUAAAUGGAUAGAAAUACAAAAUAAUGAUGAUAUAAAAUAUGAGAUCAAUGAAAAAGAGAUAAAUAAAAUUCUUUUAAAUAUUUUUAUGAAAGGAGAAAAAAAUAAAGAAGGAAAAACAAAUAUAUAUUAUUAUCAAAUAUAUAAGGACAAAAAUUUUAUAAAAUCUAUUUUAAAUAUUUUAUUCCUUUUAUCAAAGUAUAAAAUGAAAAAGCAUUAUAUGUUAUAUGAUCUCAGUUAUCUUACUUUUAUAAAACAUGAUAAAUAUAAUAAUAUGUUACAUGUAUAUGAUUGGGCAAGUUUAAUAACAAGCUACAGUAAAAUAAAAUAUAAUGCUCCUUAUGUGGAUAAAUAUAUUUUAAUAUUCUACAAUAUUUUAAUAAAACAAAAUAAAAAAAUAAUAAUGAAUAAUACAAAUAAUGAUCCCAAUAAAAAUUAUGAUACUCAUUAUUGUAAUGAACAUAUGAUGAGGGUAAUUAACUCCUUGUUUUGUUAUUUAAAAAAUAUGAACCUCAAAAAUAAGGUGUUAAUAUAUAAUUUGUUAGGUAAAAAAAAUAAAAGCAUGUGA